GUUACAAAACAAGUCCGUAACGCGGGAGUUUUCAUAACACUGUUUUCAGAGGAAGUGUGUUGAAUAACCUCACCCCCAUAGACAUGGAUGCAGAUAAAAGUGAUGAUAUAAGUCUAAAGACGAAGCAACUUUUACAGGAGAUGACACCGCCUCAGGAUCCCGGAAUGGACGGAACCGUGCGUCGGACAUCCCGGCGAAUCAAAGAGAAACAAAACCAAGAAAAGAAACAAACUUUAACCCCUAAAUGUCUGACAUUUACGUCUGAGAAAAAUGACGAUGAGGAAGAAGAAAAUAUUCAAAAGACAAAAGUAAAGCGCGAUAAGAAAUCUCUUCCAAAAAAUGACAAUGAGGAAGAAGAAAAUAUUCAAAAGACAAAAGUGAAGCGCGAUAAGAAAUCUCUUCCAGGUUACCGCAAGGAUUUGUCUGAAUAUGAGCUGGAGCGACUGGAGAACAUCAGACAGAACCAGGCCUUCCUCAAUUCCCUCAAGUUACCUGAGAUUUCUGAAGCUCUGAGACCCAAGCCGAAACCUACACAGAAAGGCCUGAAAAGGGAGAAAACAGAAACAGAGCUGCUCCCUGUUCGCAAGUCUCUGCGGUUACAGAAUAAGGGUCCUCAGACAAAUGUUACUCUAGAAAUGACCCCUUAUACAGACAGAGAGCCUGAAGAAAAAGCAAAAAUAGCCCCAGGACCGAUACCACUCGAUCCAAUCAACCUGGAUGAAGAUGUCAGUCUGCCUGAUGAUUUGAUAAAUCUCUGGAACGAAGACGCAUUAAAACAAGAAACAGAAACAUCAGAUUUGAAAUCGUAUCAGCAAAUGCUGCAGAGGUUAUCUAUCGAUGACAGUUGUGUGGUGAAAGUUGUGAAAGAUCGGGUCUGUUCAGCAGCUUUUCACCCCUCCUCUUCCAACUUGCUCAUGGCAGCAGGAGACAAGUCGGGCCACCUGGGACUCUGGAAGCCGGAUGCUAAAUGGGGCGAUGAUGGUGUAAUCUACUUUGAACCCCACUCUCGUCCAAUUACCAGCAUGGCCUUCACAUCUCACCCUUGCAACCUUAUCACAAUAAGCUAUGAUGGCUCUGCACGCAGCAUGGACGUGGAGAAAGCUGUGUUUGAUGAGGUGUAUCGCUCACACUUUGGCCUUAAAAGUUUUGACUUUUUGUCAGCUGACUACUCCACUUUACUACUUGGUGAAUGGAAUGGGGAUGUUGCUGUUGUUGAUCGUAGAACUCCUGAGACAUCAUAUGAAUCUCUGUACACCAUGGCUGCAAAUCCUCUACGCAGUGUUCACAUCCAUCCUGUGCAACAACAUUACUUUGUAGUGGCAGAGAGCAGUUUUGUGAACAUUUAUGACUUGCGCCAUUUGAAAAGAAGAAAUAACAGAGCUGUUGGUGAACUCAGCGGUCACAGCCGCAGCGUCUCCAGUGCCUUUUUCUCCCCAGUGACAGGGAACAGAGUUCUGACCACUUGUAUGGACAACAAAAUCAGGGUAUUCGACACUUCCCAAAUGGAUGGCAGGACUCCUGUACUAAAAUCAAUUACGCACAACAUGCAAACGGGUCGGUGGCUGUCCAAGCUAAGUGCAGUGUGGGACCCGAAGCAGCAAGAAUGUUUUGUGAUUGGCAGCAUGGACAGGCCUCGCCGAAUCCAGGUAUAUCACGAGAGCGGGCACCUUCUUCACACUUUUCAAAACAUGGACCACCUGACCACGGUGUGCCCUAUCACAGCAUUCCACCCAAGCAGGAACAUUCUGCUUGGAGGCAAUUCAAGUGGGAGGCUGCACGUAUUUACUGACUGUUGCAUCAACUAGAAAAUAUCAAUUUCUUUACCCAAUUUGUUUAUUUCAGCUUACCUUUUUUGUACACAACAGCAUUUGCUUGUUAUUUUAUAUAAAAUAUGCUGUUUGUUUGUGUUCCUGUAACAUUAAAUAUGUAAUA